CUCCAGUUCCCUUAAAUUAAUUCGCCCAUAUUUUUCUCAUUUUAUUUUUCCCGACUUCCCUAAAAUCAGCAUAUUAUAUUUUCCAAACCCAAUCAUGAAUCUCCCUCUCACAUCAUCACUGCACCAUCUCUCAUCAAUGUUGAUUUUAAUGCCCCAAGACUGCAGCAUCAUCGAUCACAAGUGCUUCCAACGUUUUCUAAAGAAUAAAUUUAAAGCAUUCAUAAAACUCAGAAUCAGUUUCAUUCUUCUAACCCAAACGCUUUUUCUCAUUUCUUGAUUCUUGAUGCAUCAAUAAAUUUCAAUUUUCUUCUUGUUUGUUUAUGCACAUUUAUUCCAUGAUGGCGAAUAAAACACCCCAUUUGCCACCUUAAUUCUCAAUCAUCCAUUUUUUUUUUGUCUCUCUUUUUACCUCAUUUUUUCUCGUACCCCAAAUGCCUUCUGUUCUUGCAUUUUUGGCAAGAAAAUCAGCUGCAAGAUCUUAGGUUUUGAAUUCAUUCCACCCCUCAUGACAUGUUUGAUUGCAGCAUUUUCCGAGGUUUUCCCAUUUGGUAAGGAACUGGCCCAUGUUCUUGGUUGUGAUUAUUCAAUUAUUGUUGUAAAGAUUAAAUUUUUACUGGUUUUCUUGAAUGCCCAUGUCCUGAAAAGUUACAAUUCCUCUUUAUUCUUGCCACAUUCUUGUCUAGUGAAUCAUUCUUGGAGUUGUUAGCACACAAGAAUUCUUGAUUUUUUAUUUUCUCCCACUCACACACAUAUAUAUACAUACAUGGUGAUGUGAGACGCUGAAAUGCUGCAUCUUUUAACCUAGGAGUCCACAAAUCUUCUUUAUGUAUAUCUAUUGCUGCUCUGUUCAUGUCUGAAUUGGGAUCAAGGAUACUGAAAUAAACAACACUUUCCUAGAUAGUUUGGGGAUUUGAAGGGUUGUAGAUUGAGUUAGAGAGAUGCAAUCUAGAGUGGGAAGUUUUAGCUCAUUAGAGGAAGGCCAAAUUCCUCUAAGGAUUAUGCACCAAUACAGCAAACAUCUGCCUCUUAGGCUGCUGCUUCUCUUCCUCUUGUUAGGGGUAGGCCUAGUGUUUCUGUAUAUCAGUAUGUAUACGUACCGGUAUAUCAGCAUCCACAGCGUUGCUUCCUCGACUGCUGCCUCGAGGAUUCAGACACACCACGGCUGUGUCCAAGGAUCGAAGGGUUUGGAGAGCUGGAUUAGGCCUCCCUCGAGCCUCUUGCACGAGAUGAAUGACACGGAGCUCUUUUGGCGGGCGACGUUGGUGCCUAUGAUCGAGAAGUACCCUUUCAAGAGGACUCCCAAGAUUGCAUUCAUGUUCUUGACGAGGGGGCCUCUACCCCUUGCACCUCUGUGGGACAGGUUUUUCAAAGGGAACGAGAGGCUUUACUCGAUCUACAUUCACUCCUCGCCUUCCUAUGAGCCCGAAUUUGAGCCUUCUUCGGCCUUCUAUGGCAGGCAGAUACCAAGCCAGGUUGCUGAGUGGGGGAGGAUGAACAUGUGCGACGCGGAGAGGCGCCUCCUCGCUAAUGCGCUGCUCGACAUCUCCAACGAGUGGUUCGUGCUCGUCUCUGAGGCCUGCAUCCCGCUUCAAAACUUCACCACCAUCUACACCUACAUCUCCCAAUCCCACUUCAGCUUCCUUGGCGCAUUCGAUGAGGACGGUCCCUAUGGCCGGGGGCGCUACAAUGAGGGCAUGGCCCCCGAGGUGAACCUCUCCGACUGGCGCAAGGGGUCCCAGUGGUUCGAGAUCAGCAGGAAGCUGGCGGUCGAAGUCGUCCAGGACACCCUGUACUACCCCAAGUUUGAGCAGUUCUGCAGGCCUCACGGCUGUUAUGGUGAUGAGCACUACCUGCCCACCAUGCUGACCCUCCGGUCGCCCCACCUCCUGGCCAACCGGACCCUCACGUGGGUCGACUGGUCGAGGGGCGGACCCCACCCGGCCUCGUUCGAUGAGGGCGAGCUGACGGAGAGGUUCUUUAAGGAGGCUGUUGCUGGUGCUGAGGGAUCAUGCCUGUACAAUAACCAGCCUACCAGUGUGUGUUUUCUGUUUGCAAGGAAGAUUGCUCCUGCUGCCUUGGAUCAUUUGUUGGGGAAUUCUUUGGAGUUUCUGGGAUUUUGAUGAAGGUUUUUUGUUUUUUGUUUUUUGAGAAUUCAUGAAACAUGAGAUGAUUUUUGGAUGUGUUCUUGAUGUCAAGAUUCCUUUGAUGAUGAAAUUGGGGAGAAUAUAGCAGCGGCAUUAAUACCAUGUUGGUUUAGAUGUUGGUUUGUUAAUGAAAGUUGAGCUUUGUUCA